AUUUCUCACUUAUGUAUAAGACACCUAUUGGUUCUUCACAACCUUGAUCUGAAAGUAGAAGAGUUUUAAGAGAGAGAAAGAGGUGAGUGACGAUGGAGGCUAAGGAAGAGGAUGUUAAGCUUGGAGCCAACAAGUUCUCAGAGAGGCAACCCCUGGGGACAGCUGCCCAGACAGACAAGGACUACAAGGAGCCACCACCAGCACCCUUGUUUGAGCCUGGGGAGUUGAUGUCAUGGUCUUUUUACAGGGCCGGCAUUGCAGAGUUCAUGGCCACUUUCUUGUUCUUGUACAUAACCAUUCUCACUGUCAUGGGUGUGUCUAGGUCACCUAACAAGUGUGCCUCAGUGGGUAUCCAAGGAAUUGCUUGGUCCUUUGGUGGUAUGAUCUUUGCCCUAGUCUACUGUACUGCUGGUAUCUCAGGAGGACAUAUCAACCCAGCUGUGACCUUUGGUUUGUUUCUGGCAAGGAAGCUCUCACUAACCAGGGCAGUCUUCUACAUGGUGAUGCAAUGUCUAGGUGCUAUGUGUGGUGCUGGCGUUGUCAAGGGCUUCCAGAAGUCCCAGUAUGAGAUUUUGGGUGGUGGGGCCAACUUUGUGAACCAUGGUUACACCAAGGGUGAUGGCCUUGGUGCUGAGAUUGUUGGCGCCUUUGUCCUUGUCUAUACUGUCUUCUCUGCCACUGAUGCCAAGAGAAACGCCAGAGAUUCACAUGUCCCUCACAUGUCGAGAGUAAAUUCUCUGUGAAUCAUUUUCGCUGAUGUUUUGUGAAGAUUCAACCGAAGUUGAAGUUGGUGGCGUAACUGCAUGACUACAUGUAGUAGAUGGUGUACCUGCAUGACUACAUCAUUGUCGAAUCCAUUCCUUCUCAUCUACUGUUGUUUUGGGUUGCUAUUUCUGUCUUGUUCAGCACAAUGUAAAUGUCAUUUACUGGUAUUCUUAACAAUAUGCCAGCACAUGUUGAGGGUAAAUUCUGUGUGAUAUUGUGCCUUAUACAGAUUUUUUAGCAUCUACACAAAGAAAAUUAACUAGUAGAAGUCAAAUGUUUAAAAUAUUUACGAGUUAAAUUUAACACAGUAAAAAAACUCACCGUAUCUUUAUUGCUGUAGCCACUAGGGUGAUUGCUGUUGAUUGUAGCCAUGCAUCCAAAAAAAACUUGGUCAUUAUUUUUUUGCGUGAUGGACCAACGAUUCAUCAGACCAUUUGGAACCUUGGAAGAUGGACGACCAAGUUGAAGCACAUAAUUUUCCUUCACUUGGUCCCAUAAUUUUCCUUACGUACAACCUCACUUUUGUCCGUCUUAUUGACCGGUUGGUUGCCUUGAGGAACAUAAUAUUGGGAAGGGAUUUGGGAUUCUGGUACACUACUCCCAUAAUAUGGAGUAUUGUCGGGUUGUAAUUUUGAAAACAAACUGAUAUUAUUCUCGUUAAAUGUCAAAAAUUCAUAGGUGGGUUGGGUAGUUAUAGUAGGACAAACGCUAAAAUAGACUAAAAAAGAAAAAAAAGAAAAAAAAAAUGAAGCUCGGAGGAGUAGAGAAUAUAUAAGGGGAUGUGGUUUGGAUCAAUGUUGUAAGCUUAGAUAUAACCACUCGCAAGCGCACGAAUCUUUGCAGAUAGGACUUCUUGUAAAGGUGUCGUACCUAAGAGACUUGUAUUAAUUGAGUUGUUAACAGACUCUUAAAUUCUAAAUUAAUUUGAAGUAGGACAAACGAGUUAUGAUGGAAUAAUGAUUUAAUCUAAUGGACUAAAUAGAAAAUUAAUUUAAAGACAAUAAUUAAACUAAAUGAGGAAAAUAUGAGAGAAGAGACUAGGGACAUGAUUUCACCACUAACGUCACACUACCAGUCAGUUGCAUCAAUUAAUUGGAGAGAUAUGAAACAUGUAUAUUAAAUUAAUCAUGACUACAUGCACAUAUUAAUUCAGCUAGAAGAUAAUAUAAAAUUAAACUUAAGCAUGAACUAUCUUCGAUUAACAUAAACCAUCUACCUAACUACUCUACUCUAGGGUGUAGUAUGGUCUAUCUUUUCUAAGCAUAAUCCAUCAAAACCCUAAUAUUAUAUUCAAUGAAAAACCAUUGCAUAACCAUCUCAUUUACAACUAUAAGAAGUAAAUGAGUUGUGUUCAAUCACAAACAUUAAAUACCUAAGACAAUAUAGAAAAUACUUUGCAAUUGGAUUAAAACUUUGAAAACGAUUUCUAUUGAAAAAGUCAAAUAAAAUCCUCUAGGUUAUACAAUAUUGCAUGAUAAAUAUCGUUCUCCAAUAAAUAAAUACAAUUAAACUAGUAGUGCUAAGCUAGGGCUACAUCAUAACCCCCUAGCAAAGCUUUUAGCCGCUCAUGACUGGAAUGAACUUCUUCAUGGUUGGGAAGAAUAUCUUUGCCGCCAUAAGUCGAUCCCUUCUUUCUUCUUCUCCUUUGAUUUCAGCCUCUAGCUACUGUGUAUCUUGAUGAUCUCCCAAUGGUGUGUAGAUAACUCUCUUUAAAUAAGAGAAGAAUAGCCCCCAAAGUUCCUUUUUCCAAAUAGGAGAUAUAUGGAAAUUCUGCCAAACUUGGACUCCAAAAUUCGUGCCGACUUCUGACCCAGUUUGGACAAGGUAAACAUCCCUUUUAUGAAAUUUUCGUGAAAUACAAAAUUGUAGAUCUUCGAAUUUCCUUUAAAACUACAUGAAGUUUGCGCUAUUUUGACACUCACUUAAGGAGAUACAGACAUAAUACUAAAACAGGUUCAAGUUCCCAAUUUUGGAGAAAGUUUCCUAGUUGGAGAAUGAUUAUUCCUUUUCUUCUUGUUUCCAUUCUUAUCAGCUUGUGGCCAUCUUUUGCGCACUUUUCUAGGUCUAAUUAGACUUAGAUCUUCAUUAUUGCUCGGCCCAAUGGAUGUAGCCUUCCCCUAACCUCCUGGAUAUCAUCUUUUAAAGUCCAAAGUCACUGGUUUUGACUGAUAUUAUAAUUAAGGCCCCGAAAUAAAGAAAAACACUAAAACAAUAUAAAAUCACAAUAAAACUACUACUAAGAGAAUAAAACACGCAAGUUAAGGGCUAAAAUGUAUAACAUUCAAUGCCUAACACACCCCCAAACUUACAUUAGUCCCUUAGCAAUAAAAAUAAAACUAAAGAAACAUAAACUACUCUUCUAACUACAUUACUCCUAACUCCACUUUCGUGGGAGAUACGAUUGCAUUUAGCAUAUGCAACAAGCCUUUUAAAUCCCUUGAUUACCCCUGGUGGAUGAGUGAAGUCUCGUAAGGGUUACCAACAAAUGUUACCCACAAAAAUUCAAAACUGUCUCUUUUUCAAAACAAUUCAAUCCUUCGACAAUUAAAAAUUAUUCUCAUAUCAUCAUAAUGACCAAGAGGAAGACUACACAAAAGUGUCUUAAAAAUUAUUAACUGACAAUACUCCUUAGUCCCUAUUUUCAUACCUUAAUCCAAUGUUUACCACACACUUUUAUAAUAAAGAAUAAUAGCAAAAUCAAUCCUUGUGAACUAGUAACUCACCAAUGUAGUAAUGUAUUUUCAAUUGAGCCCAACUUCUAUAGCUUCAAUUCCUUAGAUCCCUUCUCAUGCUAUCUCCUAUGGCAUAAACAAAAAUUUUCUUUUCUUCUCACACAUUUUUUAUCGCUAUUUUAUUGAAUGGUCAUGCAAUGUUUGGUGUAUUAAGCUUUCUAGGAGACUUAGGUAACAAACUUUCAGCUAAUGACUCCCAGAUUAGACAGUCUGAGGGCAUUAGGUGUAAAGAUACUCUUAAGGACUUAAUUACUAAAGUCAAUUAGGCUACAAACCUAGAUGAACCAAAUCAAUUUUUUUCAAAUUUUUUUUUUCAUCCUUACACCCCACUUCUUUAUGCGAACACUCUAUGCUUAUUGAGGUACGAGGCCCGAUUACUCCAUUAAAGGGUUUAAAUAUUUUUGUAUUUUUUUAUUUUUAUGCCAUCGUGAUAACUUUCAAAGUUCACUAAUUCAUAUCCAUUCAUAGUCAUUAGAAUUCAACUAAAAAUACAAAUACCCAUAAAUAAAAUUCUAGUGUGCAUCUGUGCAUGUGAAAUCCAUUAAGGAUUGACAAAUACUAGAACUCCUAUAUCAUACUAGAUAAUGGAACCCAUAUAAGGUAAAGCAUAAUAUUAGAAAUACUUGAAUUAAAAUCAAGACUAUCUCAGAAAAUAAUUUAAAAAUUACUUAAAUAGCCUUAAUCCUCUUGACAAUUCUCAAAUACUUGAAUUAAAA